AUGGCGUCGUAUGCGGGAUUGCCGGAUGCCCGCUCUAUCGCCAUCCCCGGUUUAGGAUCAGGUGAGUCGAUCGGAUCGCCGACCCUCGCACGCUCUCCUCAACAUUCGCCCAUCCCUUGCUCAACGCUCCUUCCUCGACGGCAUCGGCUUGCGCCCGCGCGCCCGCCCCUCGCCUUGCCGUGCGCGGCCGCGCACCUCUGUGUCCCCCCGCCCACUGACCGCCAAGCCCCGCCCGUCGCUAAAUCCUGCGGCGCAUUUGUCGUCUUCGAAUGGAUGGGAUGGGGAAAGCGGGGGAUGUGGCGGGAGGCGGGGAAGGGACGGCCUGCGGAAAGGCGUGGUGGGGGGGCGGGCAUCUGGCGGGGCGUGCCGCGUGUGUGGGGCGCGCAGCUGCGUGUCGUGCGCGGGUCUCCCGCUGCCCGGCGAUGCCUGCGCGCGGGAAUUGAUAUGCUGAGACCUGGUAGCGCUUGGCGGCCAGCAGUGUCGAAGAUGCGUUUUGUUCCAAACUUCGCUUAUUUGCCCCAACCUCCCGCCCUCCCACUCCUUCUCGCCAUCUCGCCCCCAUACGCCUUCCGCGUAUUCCUUGCGAUCCAUCGUCGUCGCUGUGUUCACGCACCCUCGUUUCCUUCCCCGCCUCCGUGCUUCCACUUCCACCCCCCUCGCUCUCAACAGGCGCGACAUGUGCCCAGGGGCGCUCGGAACGAGGGCUGGUGCGACAGAGAGCUGCAGGGGGAAGGGCAGGGGGACCAAGGGCAAGGGGGCGCGCAGGUGCAGGGGGAACAGGCGUGGCGGGGGGAGGGCGCGCAUAGGAAGGCGUCAGGAGCAGCGGAUUCAGGUUCCGGAUCGGAAAAAGAAACGGGACAAGGGGAACGGGCGCGGGAUGGGGAUGAGAGUGAGGAGAACGCGCACGUGGACAAUGCACUGCACGACCUGCCCGCCAGCUGGCACUGGCUGGUUGGUCGGUGGGCACGGCUGGGCGUGCAACUGUCGCGGAUGCGCAGCCAAUGGGGCAGGCUGGUGUUUGGGCCGGCAGCAGAGGAGCGCAUCUGGAGCGUGCCAUGGCAGGGAGACACCAUCUUCCAGGUCAUGUUCCUCUGGUUCCUGGCGUUCUGGCUCAUCGGCUCGUGGCUAGUGCCGCUGCUGGCACAGGCGCUGGGGCUGCGGCGAGCAGCCAUGUCGCUGCGAGCGCACGCGCUCUACAGCCUGCUCACUGACCUGGCAGAGAUGACCGUUGGCAUCGCCAUUCUCAACCGCUGCCUUACGCGCUUCCAGCCCCUCCCGCCGCACUGGUUCCCCGUGCACCUGUCAGGGCGCUGGUACCUGCAGGCGCUGCUCGCCUGCUCUUUCUUCCCCUUCGUGCAGCUUCUCUCCAAGCUCAACCUGCAGCUGCUGCCGCUGCCCCUCAAGUUCCAGGCCACCACGCACUUGGAGCAGUCCAUCCACUCGCAUGACCCCAUUGCCACGCUGCUCUAUGCCAUUGCUGUGGCUGUCUGCGCGCCUGUGUGGGAAGAGGUUGUGUUUAGGGGGUUUCUCCUACCCUCCCUCACACGGUACUUCCCCCUCUGGGCCUCAGUGGUGGUCAGUGCAAUGGUGUUUGCACUCGCGCACUUCUCGCUGCAACGCAUGCUCCCACUUUUCUUCCUUGCUCUCCGCCAUUGUAGCUCGUGUCUCUGCUCUCGCCGCAUGCUUGUCGCCAUGACUCCUAUCCCGCACGCACGCUGCCUUGCGAAUGCCGCGCUCGCCAGCACCACCCUUCGCUUACUCUUCUGCGCGUCCCUCGUCUGCGCGCCUCUCCUCGUGCCCGCCAGCGCCGCGCCGGGCGGGGUGCGGUGGCGCGACGUGGAUGUGGGCGAGCUGGGCAUCAUGCCGUCCCCGCUCUUCUCCUUCGACCGCGCGCCCCCCGUGAUUGAGGGGGCAGCUCUCCCCCGCCUUGGGGAGAUUGGGGAAGGGGCGGCAGGGGAGGAUGCUGGGGGUGUAGCGGCGGUGAAUGCGUGGCUUGCGGAACAAGGGACGCAGGGAAUUGGGGGACCGGACGCCGCUGUUGUACCCCCACCCGCCGGCUAUGCUACAACACGUGGGCGGGCCAUGCAGCUGCUGCGCCAUGCCUCCCCCGCACGCCUCUCAGCUCCUCUGCGUGCUUCCCCAUCCCCCUUCCAGGUUGAACCUCCCAAGCCUGCCGCAUGCCCUCACUCGUCCCAAGACUCUCCUGCCUCCGCCACGGGCGCCAUGCUAGUGGCCCGGCAGCCCAUAGCAGCGGCAGCAGCGGCGCUGCUGGUGCCUGCACCGCUGCAGCAGACAGCGGACGGGCUAGCGGAGGGGGAGGCGAGGCAGCUGCCGUACAACGUGACACGCAAGGAGAAGCCCUGGACCGCUGCCUCCGUGCUUGCCGCCUGGCUCCUGCGCGAGCGCGCCAAGGGCGCCAAGUCCAAGUGGGCGGCGUUCAUCGGCAGCUUGCCGCGGUAUGCACCGCUGCCGGCGCUGUUUGAGCGCGAGGUGGUGGAGAUGUUGGACUACCCGCCCAUGAUGCGCCGGCUCAGCAUUCGGUUGUUGUGGUGUAUUCUCUCUGUUGCCGUUCUUCUCUCCCCUCCUCCACAUGCUCCCUCUCUGGCGCUGUACCGGGCGGCGUUUGAGGAGGAGUAUCUGCGCAGCAAGGCCAAGGCCAUAGCGCGCGCCUCCAAGUCGCACUUCUUCUGGGCGCUCUCCCUUGUGCUCUCACGCGCGCUGCCGCUGCUGCCCUACACGCACAUGCCGCAUGGCCUGCUGCCGUCGCAGCUGCCCGCCAGUGCUGCCACGGCCUCGCCCGUGGGCAAGGUGGUAGCAGCAGUGCGCGCCAAGGAGAGGGGCGACGACAAGGAAGACGCUACUGCUACUGCCGCUGCUGCUGGUGGUGCUGGUGCUGCAGCCGGGGCCGCGUCAGAAGCUGGUGCUGCUGGCAGUGGUGGCUCCAGUGAGGGGUUCUGUUCCGCGUCUGCAGGUGCCGGGGAGGGCGCUGCAUCCGCCCAGGGGUGCAGUGCGGUGCAGCAGCAGUGGGUGGGCACGAGUGCGGAGGAGCUAGCGCGCAGCAUGCAGUGGCACGGCACAGCAUCGGACCCUCAUGCCCCCUCCGACUCCGCACCACCUGUCACCAUCCGAGCCCUCUCAGCCAUCCCCGCCAACACGCGUCUCUCGCUCAACCUGGGUGCCCUCUCCAACGACGUGCUGUGGGCGCUGCACGGCCACCUGCCCGCCGCCAACCCGCACGACCGCAUGCCGCUCUUCCACACGCCCGACUCGCUGCUCGCCUUCCUGCUCUCGCUGCACCCGCUCUCCACGCCCGCGGCCAGUACCAGCGGCAGCGCAGCGCCAUCGCAGUGGUACGACCCUGGGCUGAGCAAGGAGCAGGAGGCGGCGCUGGCAGCGGCAGUGGAGGCAGCAGAGGACGCCGUGCACGCCGAGGUCAUGGCACACAGCAGCACCAGCAGCGGCAGCGGCAUGGCAGGCGCGCAGCAGCAGUACCCAGUGGCCCUGUCGCUGUGGGACGAGGUGGACGGUGGCGCGUACAACGCGGGUGCGGAUGGGCAGGUGGAGCCCCGCCUCGUGGCGGCGCUUGCUGCCCUUUCUCUUGUGCCCUUCCUCGCAUGCAUAUCACGUGCCAUCUCAUCCUCGUCGCUUGAGCCACCCGUGGGCCUAGUGCAUGCGCCCCGCGCUCCUCUUUUCUCUGCCUUCUCGAUCUUCAUACUCGCCUCCCUCUUCCCCUCUCUCAUCUUCCCCCCUCCCCUCGCGCCCUCUCCCCGCGCCUGGCAACCCUGCUGGCCAGACCUGGACUGGCAGCAGCUGGCGCAAGUGGCCGUCUCCUUCUCCCGCGACCCCUUCCACCCAGCCUGCCCCCCUCCCACCGCAUCCCUCUCCAUCCCCCCUCACCUGGUGGCACCGCUCUCGGCGGCCGCCGCUGCCAUUGCGAAGCGUGCCGAGCAGCUGCUGUGGGCCUUCUCUUCCUCGCCACAGGAGGAUGAGCUCCUGCUGCAGCGCCUGGCUGCCUGCCGCCUGGCUCCACCGCCACACAGUGGGCCAGAUGCUGCAGGUUCUGUGGAUGGAAGCGCAGAGAGAGAAGAUGGGGCAGCGGAGGUUGCAGACAGCAGCAAGGAGGCUGUGGAAGAAGAGCAGGGAAGUGGACAGGGACGUGAGGGGAGCGCAGGCAAGGCAGGGAGUGGGACGGCUGGUGCAGAGGGGUGCAAAGGGGUGGAGUUUGAUGCGAGUGUGUGUACGGCGCAGGUGAUGCGCACGUUAGGGCAGCGGGAGAUGGUGGUGCGGUUCAGGCUGGGGAAGAAGCUGCUGCUGCAGAGACUUGCUCAGAGGCUCGAUAGCGGUGCAUGCAUCCAUGGUGUGGUGGAUGGUGCUGGGGAAGCAGCAGCUGCAGCAACGGCAACAGCAGCAUCAUCCUGA